UGCCUUCCCUCCUCUCGCCGCCUCGCCGCAGCCCGGGCUCCGCCGAGUCAAAGCGCGGAUCAGGUUCCCUGCCUCCAGUAUAAAAAUCUCGGCGAGAAAGCUCCGGCGGGAGAGAGAGCCGGGCGUGAGGCGGCGGCCGGCGAGCCCGUCCGUGGGAAGCGCAGGGACGCGCGGCGGCGGAGCCAGCCGCUGCUCACCGGGGACGGUCGCUGCUCGCCCCUUUCAGCUGCGGGAGAGGAGCUUUUUGCCGCCCGAAAAUGCAACAGCAACAACAGCAACGUCGAAUGUUCACGGCUGCCCUCCUGGCGCUCGUUUUCCUUCUGGCAGCCGUGAGUACCACUGAGGCUGGCAAGAAAGAGAAACCAGAGAAAAAAGCAAAGAAGUCUGACUGUGGGGAAUGGCAGUGGAGUGUCUGCGUGCCCACCAGUGGAGACUGCGGCCUGGGCACACGUGAGGGCACUCGCACCGGAGCUGAGUGCAAACAAACCACCAAGACGCAGAAGUGUAAGAUUCCCUGCAACUGGAAGAAGCAAUUUGGAGCGGAGUGCAAAUACCAGUUCCAGGCCUGGGGAGAAUGUGACUUGAACACGGCCUUGAAGACUCGGACCGGGAACCUAAAGAGAGCCCUUCAUAACGCUGACUGCCAGAAGACUGUCACAAUCUCAAAGCCCUGUGGGAAGCUUACCAAACCCAAACCUCAAGAAUCCAAGAAGAAGAAAAAGGAAGGCAAGAAACAAGAGAAGAUGCUGGAUUAAUGGAGUCAACUUGGGCAACGUGAGAAAGGGAAAUCAGCAAACAUGAUCAGUUAACAGUUUCAUUUAUACCUAGGCAUUUUAUCCUGAAAUUAUUUAUAGCUUACUGGUACCAUAGAAGGAAAAAAGCAAACACAAAAAAAAAGUCCUUUUUUUUAUUACUUUAGUAUUUUUAAUGUAUAACCCUAACAACAAUUUUUAGAGGCCUGUAAUAAAGGACUCCGAACUCAUUUAGAAAAUUAUGUCUAUUGUAUAUUGAACAAUGUAGAGGUUUUUAAAGUACUUUUUUUUUUUUUUCUUAAGUCUUGCCAUAGGUCUCAAUCUGGUAAUUGGUCCAUGCAAGCAGAGCCUGAGCCUGUGUGGAGCUCUGCUGAAGCCAGUGGUACCCUGUUUGAGCAUUGCACUCUGGCUGAAUGCGUUUAUACUUAAGAUUGGGACCUUAUAUCUGAAAAAUUGAGGCCUGUUUCUUAAUAUCUGAUUCCAUCUGCAUAACUGUAUAUUUGCUUAAGGAAAGGAUGGGGGCAUUUUGUUAUUUACAAGUAUGGGAUUUUCUUGGAUGUGUGCUUAAUGUUCAUUCCAAAAUGUCACCAUCUACAGGUAAAAGCCAGUAACACUCCUUUCCUCAACCAUAAUUUGCAUGCUGGCAGUAAAUCUAAAAUCUUUCAACAAUUGAACAUAAAAGAGUGCUAAUUUUUCAUGAUUUCUUAACAAUGAUUUUUCAAAGUGGAAUGAUGACAAAACCUUCCACUUUUCAGAAUAUCUGUGUUAGUAGAAGGUAGUGUCCUCCAUUUCAUCUAUAUAAGCUGAAAAAUGCUGUAUUUUACUUGUUCAUUUUGACAGAAGGGGGAAAAUCCUUCCCUAGAAAAGAUCUAGUUGACAUUGUUGUGUUUCUGCCUGACCCAGCUCCCCUUUGUAUCAGUUGCAAUAUUCCUGUUGAUCUUAAUUAUAGCUGGUUAAAAAAUAGUAUGUCUGGUGGGAAAUAAAAGGAGAAAUCUGUUUGGAAACCACCAGAGGUAGCUCAUAUUUUUGACCAAAAAAGAGAAAAUCUGUGGGACCUGAAACCAAUAGGAAUGAAAUUACGAAAUUAUUUUUGAUUUAUCUUUUAGUAAAACAGAAGAAAAAUAUAAAACCACUAUCUUUUGCUUUCUUCCAUUUUUAUGUAAGCAAAAAGAUCUUGGAAAAACUCAGUCAACAUAAAAUUAGUUGUAAUUUUUUUUCUAUAUAGUCUGCAAGGGAAAAAAAGAAAAAUUACAACCAGCUGUUUUUCAGUAUGCUCAGUUUUACCUAAUUUAAAUGAUUCUGAAUCCUGAGAGAAGUCACAAAGUAGAAAAAAGAUCUGACAAAUGACUGGUCUGUCUCACAGUAAAGGGUUGUUUAACAAGCUGACAGCAAGCAGACCCAAAUUUUUAGAGGAAACAUAAGGGAUUUCAGUGCCCAAAUUAAGUUCAAAAUCGUUGCUUCAGAAUUCUAAAUCUUAAAAUUCAACAGCAAGAAAUAAGCUUUGCCAUUUGUGUAGGCUACAGGCUUGCCUUCUGGUCAAGAGGAAUAGUCUCUCUUGUACUCCUGCGUGGUACCCACUGACUUCAGUGAAGCUUCAGCAGGCUGUGUUCAUCUGAGUAAAUCACAUUUCUCUCUUGGGAUUAGCUUGUAGACAAACAGAGAGUCUUUUCUUCCUACUAACAUCAAUCCCUUUUUCUAUGCAAAAAAAUUGUAACACUUGUCGAGCUUGCCCUCUUUUUUCUCACGUGGAGGGUAUGGCUGAUCUGGACUCACAGUGAGGCAAGUCCUUCUCUUCCCUAACACUCCUGAGCCUGCUAGCCAAGGCUGCACAUAGCUUAAGGUAGACUAGCCUCACAAUUAUUUCCCAGACUCCUUGGGUGUGUUUUGCAGUCUGUGUUGAUAUCCUUGUUAUUUUGACUAUGCUGUUAGACAUACCUGAGUCCGUGGUAUAGUUAAAAAUGUCCCCCACACAUGGUGGAUGUGCAAUGACCAAAUCUAAAAUCAUAAAGGCUCAUAUUUAGAUGGUUCUGGGUGCUAUUUGGUUUGUUCAUGGUCUAAUCAGGUCUACCUGUGCUUGUGCCUCAGACUUAAACUAAUGGUUUGGUAGGUCUGGUUGAAAGCAAAGGGAGAAGGAAACUUUUUCACUCACCAAAGGUUUGUCUGUCUAAAUGCUGCAUCAGUUCACUUAAAGUGGCUCAGCUUUGAGUGCAAACACUGUUGCACCAUUGUCUCACACUGGUUAAUCUAGUCCAUGUUUCAUAGGGAGCUGGCAGGAUUUGGGAAUGAUGUUGAGACCAACAUUUUGAUUGUCCUUUAGCAAGCCUUAGAUGUGACUUCUUAUUUCCAUCUCCAUGCGUAUAUAGACAAUAAAUUCCCCUGUGUUUCCUCUGACAUCUUAUGGCCGUUUCAUUUAACUGCCCAUCUGACAUGUUAAAGGAACAUCCCUAAUAGUUUUUGAAAGAAGCCAGUCGAGUUCCUGUGGUGGCUUAGAGCCUUCAUGGAGAGAGUUUACAGAAAAUAAAGAAACAACAAAAAAUAUCAUGUUAGGAACAGAAGAAAAUUCAGAAAAGGGUGUGAAAUAGGAGAACAUUUUUUACGUAUGACUCAGCCACAUGUUAGGAUCUAUACUGGCAUCUUAUUGUUGACAGCAAUUGGACUAAUAGUUUAUAAACUUAAAAUGAAGAAAAUUUCCAGUAAGCCAGAGGAAAACAUUCAGUGGAAAGUCUAGCUAUGCUGGAGGUGAUAAAGUAAUUCAUGGCAGAACACAGAGGAAGAUUGACUAGGUCAGUCAGGUCAGCUCUAAAAGAAGGCUCCUGGUUCCUAAAAGGAGCCCUUGUUUCACUAGUGACAUUAUCAAGAAAGCAAAAGGCAAGAUUCUGAACAAAACGUCUUCCCACCCAUCUUGAUCAGUUUCUACUUCAGUCAUUUUGAAACUUCUCCUUCUCCUAUCUUCUACCCUCCCUGCUAUGGGAGGGCAGACUUGUCUGACAGUGCUGCGGGAGCAGCUACUUCAGAUGAAAAACGUGUUUACCCUCUUGGUGCUAUCCUAUUACAAUGAAAAAUGACAUAGCAUAGAUGUGUUGCUUACCUAGUUUAACGGACAGAAAUUUGUUUCAUGAAUGUCCCUCUUGUGGAGUGGUUUACAUCUUCAUUUGCUACAGCUGUAAUGGAGUAUGGGGAGGUGAUAAAAAUCCCUGAAACGACAGCCUUUUUUCUGAGCACUCAAAUCUCUUAGAAAGAGAUGAGUGUGUUGCUGAACAUCAGCUGAGGAUGAAUCUGCAUCCAGACUCUGGAUCCCAGUGAGUUUAAACCUGAAUGUAUUCGGGUAUAUCUCCCUUCCCUUUCUCUAAGUAAGCUGAGGCAAUGCUUCUUUCAGUUAGGCCUGUCUAAAUCUUGAUUUACAAAAGUAUUCGAGGAUUGGGACAUUUUCUGACUUAGACAUGUCUUCUGACAGAAAUGCCCAUAGUGAAUGAGAGUCAUUACUUGGCAGCCUGGUCUAUUUAACAGUCUGUUACAUGCAGCAAAACUUCUGGGCAAGGCUCCAGGAAGGGAAAAUGUUUGUUGUACAUGCAGGUAGAUACUGAAUUGUAAUUUACUGAUUUUCAUCUUCUAAUUCCAUAAUGACAUUCUAGGCUGAAGUGUUUCUCAAAGGAGAAAAGUUAGAAGAAAUGAAAGAAUAACAAUUAUAAAAUGUAUAAACAGGCAGCUUUGGAGAGCUGGUCGAGAAGACACAGAUAGGAAGUCAGGAGCAUUUUAUACAAAUUUCUAUUGAAUGCUCCUUAUGUGUGGAAGGCAGAAAUACUGGUUGGCACAUUUAUUUUUAUGCUUUCCCUGAUUUGUGCCUUAAUGAAAACUAAUCAAAUGUAAAGUAUUAUAGAGAAGUGAAGUCCCACUCCAGCCUCAAAAGAAAAUUUUCAAGUGGAGGCAAAGUCAAAAGGAGACAAUAGUAUAUAGGCUAAUGUCAAUGUUGAGGGUGGGACAACAACCUGAUUUUCCCUCAGUCUAGGAACUGCAGCAACAUUAACAAUGUAAACUCAUCACUUUUCUAAAGCAAUAUAAUGGUGAGGUGUACACCAUUUUGAUAUGGCAUGGCAGUCUUUCAUGUCUCCCAAAUCCUACUAAGAAGGGGAAGCAGUAUGACAGUGGGGGUGAGGUAUCUUCAAGGUAUUCAGUCCAUUUUAAUUCUCUAGGACAGCACUUCUCUGAGACUGAAUUCCCUCCUUUGCAGAGACAGAUUAUACCUCUUGCCUGCCUUCUCACACUUAUCCAUAAUUUUGACAGCAUUUGUAGAUUUUCUGUCAAUUCUGCUAAGGCACUCUACUUCUCAGUUAAACUUCUGUGGAUGUUGCUGAUCUUUCCUCAUCCUUGAGAUUAUGUUCUCCAUUCUCUGGACUGUGGCAAAAAGAGCCCCGGGAAGCCCAUACCAUCAAUUUCCUCCAGCUGGGUCCUUCUGGAAUUAAAUGACACAGUAGCAACUUGUUAAUCACUGUAUGACAAUGAACAAGAAAGUAUGAUAACGAGCAAGGGGAGUCCCUGGAUUUGCUGGGAGGGUGGAUUCCUGGUAGAACUUUCCUCAUAACUUGACCUUGUCAAAGCUUCCCAGGGGACAGAAAUGAUCAAAUUAUCAUCUCAGAAAUUAGAGACAUUGAUGCAGGAGUGUCUUCCUUCAAAUAAAAAAAAAUCCAGAAAACAGAAAAACACCUUAAUGAGAAAUGGUGGCAAGAAGCUGUAUGCUUUACCACUGUCCUCUUUCACCAUCAAAUUAUCGUGGUACAUGGAGCUUCAGGGAUAGUGAAAGACUUGCCUGAGCAGGUGUAGAGCAUGGAGAGAGCCUCUUCCACCCAUGCGUGUUUGCAUUUGAAGAAGUUGUAGUAGUCCCAUUCAUAGCAGCAUCAAACUUUGCUUUUGAACCAAAACUAAACAAUGCUGAAAUCUAAUAAUUUUCUUAGUGGCCCUCUUCUGCUACUCUUCACAAAUGUCUGUCUGUCUUGUGGCCUCAUCACUCUGAACUGAGCAAAAAUCUGGGAAAACAUGAGAAUUCAACCAUAUCAACUGUUAUUAUCUCUUUACUGGGGUUGUACAAUCCUUUUGUCCUUUCUGUAGUUUUCCAUUUAAAUAUAGAGUGUCUUGGAGUCCCAGAUGCCUAAAGAACUCUGUAAGUAUCUCUUAGGCUUUAAAUCACGUGGCUUUGAGUGAGUUGUGUAUGAAAACCUGUACCUAGAGAUUUGACUCCUUUCCUAAAAAAACCCCAUGAUAACAAAGAAAACUUGCAACAAAACUGAAAACAUGUCUAAUGACUGGAUUUACUGAUGAGAUAAAAACAGAGGCUCAUUGAAAUAUUCCCAUUUCAAAGGUCAUUGAAAGUUAAAGACUGUACAAAGCCUUUAACCCUGAAUUCAGUGAUGGAAAGCUACAAAUAUGGGUAGCCUCUGCAGGGCUGUCUUACCCACAGCAAAAUUCAAUUAAUUUCGCUGAUUGAACUCCCUCACUCUAAUCUACCUGGCAACAAGACAUUAUUUAACUUUUCUCAUUAGAUCAUUCAUUGCACUCCCCAUAUUACAAUUACGGAGUUCAUCUAGACUUUUACAGCUGAAGGAAAUGGCUGUGCUAGUCCAGAGUGUGUUGUGGUUGCUGAGGUGGCCUGAAGCAGAAACAGGCUGCAGCUUGGAGCUAGAAUCCAUGUAAUGCAGAUGUCAGCAUCAGACAUAGAAGCUCUCCAAAUACACACCUGCAUACUGCAUAUAUAUAUAUAUAUAUAUAUAUAUACACACAUACAUUCAUACAUAGGGGAGCAAAACUCCAGAAAGGUGCAUGCAUAACUCUAAAUGUGACUCACGACUGGUGCUGCCACGUUUUCAGGCUGUGGUUGAAAUGAAAGAGCUUUUUGUCCUGUGUUAUUAUUUGAGGAUACACUAGUAGGAUGAAGAGCUAGAUUUCUUCCCACUUGCCAGCACUUCAGUUUAAGGAUAGCUGUGUCCAAGGGAAAUGCAAAACACAUGCCAAUGAAAUGGCCAAAAGGACUUACUAUCACAGUGAUGUUCUCUUCUGUCACACCAAGUACAUGCAAGGGCUUUGUUCAAAGCUUCAAAGUGGAUGAACUGCUUCAGUUAGGUGCGGACAUAGAAACGCAGGCAGAAAAAUCUUUUUCUCUGCCAAUAAAAAGUGAGGAAAAUGGGUAAAAUAAGAUGGAAAAAUAAAAGUAAGAGAGAAACCAUAUUAAUUAUUGUAGUUUGAGUGGUAAACUGAAAGGAGAAAUGAAAGUCAAAAUAACAAAGCCUGAAUAUCAUGUUCAGUGGAUUUCUAAUUCUGUAUAUAUCUAUUAAACCAGUGCUAUAUGAUAUCUUCUUAUGGGUUACUUUCUUUUCCUGUUCCUUUUCCUUUUUUUUUUCCAGUUUGUAUAUUGAUUUUGUAAGCUAGCAGUGUGUUACCUUUUCAAUUUUUUAAAACUUGUAUGAAAGCCAUAUAUCCACAUUGUAGAACGAAAGCAUUAAUCCUGUAACAUCCCUUAAUGUUUCCCUUAGCUCUGUGGGAUUGUGGGGGGCUCUAGCGAAUGUAUAUGUUUAUUAAUUGUAUCAGCAUAAUUUACUUGCUCUUAGUGGCGAUAAAGAAUUAAAUAAACUAAUACACAGA